CUAACCUUAAAGGUCGACUCAAAAUUGAUACAUUUGAGAUUAUUUUUUCGGAAAACAAAAAGAGCUUUACAAAUAUUUUGUCAAAACAGACCAAACUUCUCAUUCCGUGCAUAGUGUUCUGUGAUAUCUGCGUUAUUAUGUGUUAUAGUUUUAUUGACUGACUAUCAAGAAUACUUUUAUUAACAAAAGUAAUAAGUGCACUUGCAUUUUUCUUACCUAAUUAAUCUCAGGAUCACACCGUCUCUAAAUAAGGCAUUUAUAUUUGUGCAUACGUAUUUAUUUUAUUAACAAUGACCAGUAUUUUGUUCCCAAACGUUUUUUGUCAAGAGGUAGGGUGGGGGAUACCUCAAAAGAGCCCACGCAAAUCAGCUUCAAGAAAUCUACCACAAAUACGCAAGUAUCGAGAAGGAUGGAGAAAAAUACAUGAGUCCCGAAGACUUUAUCAUCAAAUAUCUGAAAAUACUAGACGAAAAAGAUCACAACGCGGAUACAGUGAAAUUGUUAGCAGGAAUUGUGGAUACCAGCAAAGAUGGACUUAUAUCUUAUCCAGAAUUCCAGGCUUUUGAAGGACUAUUGUGCUUUCCAGACGCUCUGUACAAGACAGCGUUUCAGCUGUUCGACACGAACGGAAAUGGAAUGGUCAGUUUUGCGGAGUUCGUUGAGGUGAUGAAAAAGACCGAACUCCACAAACGUAUCCCUUUCAACAUGGACUCGCCCUUCGUCCAGCUGUACUUUGGCAAGAACAAGCAACGGCUGGUCAGCUACCACGAGUUCAGCCAGUUCUUGCACGACUUCCAUGAAGAGUACGCAAUCGAAGGAUUCAGAAGGGCGGACAAGGACGGUUCAGGGUUCAUUUCCCUCCUGGACUUCCAAGACAUCAUGAUCAGUAUUAAGAGCCAUCUGCUAACCAAAGAAGUCCAAUCUCAUUUGAUCGAGGCUGUACAAGGUGAAACGCAAAGUCGAAAAGUCAGUUUUCCAUACUUCAUCGCCUUCAAUUCACUCCUAAACAAUAUGGAAUUGGUCAAGAGGAUAUACUUAAACGUCACCAACGGUCACAGGAUGCAAGAAGUCAGCAAAGACGAGUUCAUGCACUCGGCACAAGCCAUGUCCCAAAUGACGCCGCUUGAAGUGGAUAUUUUAUUUCAUUUAGUCGACGUCCUACAUCAGACGGGGCGGAUAGUGUACAACGACCUCUACGCUAUAGCUCCCGAACAAUAUUUCAAACAGAUCACCAACCGGUUGGCGGAAAUUCACGCAGUAUCGAGUCCCGAAGAAAGAGGUAUUGUUAUUCAAAUCCUCGAAAGCACUUACAGAUUUACUUUGGGUUCAAUUGCUGGAGCCGUCGGUGCCACAGCGGUAUACCCGAUAGAUUUGGUGAAAACUCGCAUGCAGAAUCAAAGAACCGGUUCCUUCAUUGGUGAAUUGAUGUACAGGAACAGUUUCGACUGUUUCAAAAAGGUCAUAAGGCACGAGGGCGUGUUCGGACUGUACCGAGGGUUGGUACCGCAGCUGAUGGGCGUGGCUCCAGAAAAGGCUAUAAAAUUAACAGUAAAUGAUUUUGUUAGAGACAAAUUCACUGAUAAAAAUGGUAAUAUCCCUGUGUAUGGAGAAGUUAUCUCAGGUGCUUGUGCUGGUGGAUCUCAAGUAGUUUUUACAAAUCCAUUGGAAAUUGUCAAAAUUCGUCUUCAGGUAGCCGGCGAAAUAGCUAGCGGUGAAAAAGUGAGGGCCUGGUCGGUAGUUAAGGAAUUAGGAUUGUUUGGACUGUACAAAGGCGCGAAGGCGUGUCUACUCAGAGACGUACCUUUCAGUGCCAUAUAUUUCCCGUCGUAUGCGCAUACUAAGGCGAGUUUAGCUGAUGAAAACGGUUAUAACGCUCCCAUAUCGCUCUUAGUCGCUGGUGCGAUCGCUGGUAUUCCCGCAGCUUCCUUGGUCACACCGGCUGACGUCAUCAAGACGCGGCUACAAGUGGUGGCUAGAGCGGGACAAACGACCUACAGUGGUGUUUUAGAUGCCACGAGGAAGAUUUAUAGGGAGGAAGGUUUCAGGGCGUUCUGGAAAGGUUCAGUUGCCCGUGUGUUCAGAUCUUCCCCACAAUUUGGUGUUACUCUAUUAACGUAUGAACUUCUUCAAAGGACGCUCUACGUCGAUUUUGGAGGAACUCGACCAACCGGCUCCGAACUGAAAGUGACGUCGAUAGGUGGCGACCGCGCCCCAUCCAAUCCCGACCACGUGGGGGGCUAUUCAGUCUCCGUUCCCAUUUUCUCGGGGAUCGAGACUAAAUUCGGCCUGUGCCUGCCCAAAUUCAGCCUGGCCAGAACGUAAACGGGGACCUGCUUUAGUCGAAUUUGUAUAGAACCAAAUCGCUUUAUCGAGGAAAGAAAAACACUUUAACAAAAUGAAAAGAAAAGAGAUUUUAUUGUAUAUAGUUUCGUUUUAGAUAUUAGGGUACGUAUGGGAGAAAAUUAAUUUUAAAUGUCUCAGAAAUUUUAAUACUGCUUAUGAUGAAGCUCUAAUGCUACCAUUAGUCUUAACCUCAAGAAGCAUAUGAAUCAACGUUAACAAGCGGUAGUAUUCAUGCUUGCAACGUAUUGAUCUUAACAGUAGCCCUAGUUCUAACGGGUCCUAAGACAUACAUGCUCAAAACUAGAGGUUUUAAGAAUUCUCGAAAUAAUAUUUGACAUGUUGAAUUUGACGGUUUAUAAAUGUUAAUAAAUUAUUUAUUUUUUGGUCUAGAAAUUAUUAAUGUAACAAUUAGUGUCUCUAGUAUUCGAAAUUCUAAAAAUAUUUGUGAAGUUAGGUUAGCAAAAUAAACACUAAAUCACUACAAUACACCAAAACACUUUUACUUUUACAUUGGAUA